AUGAAUGAUGUGCCCGAGCCUUCUCGGGGCCCUUUGCCACCCACGGAUCCGACGAGAACGGGCUAUUCGCCAAGGCAGCUCGCUACACCGGAGCUCCAUUGUCGGAAUGCAUGCGGCCACAGGAUGCCCGUGGAAGAAAGGCCCUGGCGGCCACGAUACUCUCUGUCGUGCACCGCUGUGACUGCGCACUGCUUCGCGUCUGCUGCCAUCGCCCCUGCUCGGCGCCAACGCAGCGUGACUAUGAUCGUGAGCGGAGCGGCAAAGUCGGAUCGAUUCGAAUUCUCGGGCACGCUGUCGUCGGAGUCUGCGCCGUGUCGGAGCUUGAAUUUCUUCUUGCGACAUAUCGGCAAACGACACACACGGUACGACGAACGGCGAAGCAGCUUCGUAGCGGAAUUCCCCACGCCGAACCUCCUUCUCUUUUUCCUUAAUGAAACACAAAAGUUGAAGAUCCCUGCCACGGUCUCAGAUACCGGCAUCUGGAUUCGAUCGAUGGAACGGUGGCCAGUCAAAUAA